AUGGAUCGAAUCGGACUCGCAGAAUUUCCUAAUAGAUCUUCGUUAAGGAUAGCAUACUAUUCUAUAUUUCUUUUGGCUGUAGUCUUAAAUGCCGCAUAUUCUGCGGCUUUGAUAAGCUUUAUAACAUCUGCUACCACCGUAUUACCUUUUCAUUCGUUAGAGGACUUUGUUGCGGACGGUAGUUAUAAACUUGCUGUUGUUCGUGGAUCAGCUGAUUAUGACGUAUUUGCAAAUUCGGAAUAUUCGCUUGCAAAGAAAUUGAUGAAGUUGAUGAUAAAACAUGAAAAAUUGCCAGUAAAUAUUUUGGAAGGAUUUAGAAGAAUUUGUAAAAAUCAAAAACUAGCAAUUUAUGCGAUCGACGAAGUUGAAAGGAGUGAAUUUCAUAAAAUACCAUGUAACCUGAUUUCUAUUGAAAUGGGAAGUAUAGACAGUUUAGGGAUGAUUUUAUCUAAGCACAAUCAAUUCACAGACGUUAUCAAUUAUCACUUGCAAAAAUUUAUCAACAAUGGUAUGAUAAAUCGUUUAAAAGAUAUGACGUUUAAAAAGGAAUCUGACGAUAAAAUAUAUCAUCAACCUGUUCGCAUAACCAGCGUAAUAUCACUUAUCUUAUUUAUUCUAAUUGGUACGGUUUUAAAAAUGGAAAUGAAAACGAUGAUUUUUAAAUGGAUGCGUGCACUUUCUCGCGAAGGAUUUACGUCUACGAACUUGUACUUUUCGGAAUUUCAUAAAUCGUUGUACUAUGUAAGGCAAAUCAUACGACCAUAUUAUAUCGUUGUAAUUUCAAAUUAUAAUGCGAUUAAUGAGUUCUCCUUAGCAACCAGUACAUUUGACAUGUCUUUUGCUACAUGGCUAGUGUUAUUCAUUUACAAGGGACAAGGCUCCGAUUAUUGUCACAGUCCAACAGGUAACAUAUUUCAUUUAAGAUUCAACUCGAAUAUGUUGGUACGUUGCGGUACAGAAAAUAUUUUACGAGAGUGGUAUUCAAUUGAUACGAAUCGAACCGAGAUCAACGAUUUAGCAACGUGGAGCUUAGAAAAAGGAAUAGCUAAAAUUGCUCCAGAUUCUCUUUAUAAAAGAAGAUAUAAUUUACAGGGUUUGAUAAUGAGAGCUGUUAUAAUUAAGGAUUCGUCGUUCCUAAUCGUAAACGAGGAUGGCAAAUUUGAUGGAAUAUUAGGUAAAAUAUUAAGAAACCUUUGUGUGACUCUCAAUUUUAGUGUCAACAUUGUCUCGGAAGUAGAAGAAUAUGGAAAUUGGAAUUCUAAAGAAAAGACCUGGUCCGGAGCAGUGGGAGAAUUAUAUGCUGGACGUGCUGACAUUUCUAUUGGAGAUUUUACUAUUACCGGUCCCAGAUUGAAUGCUGUCGACUUUACGCUUCCUCUUUUGCUUACGAAAAAAUAUCUUUACAUUCGCGAACCACAAAUAUUUGCGAUUAAAUGGUCAUCUUUUAUUCUAGCAUUCUCCUAUUCCAUUUGGAUAGCUAUAUUGGUGAUAUUAAUUGUCGGAUCGGUUUUACUAAUUUUUCUCAAAAUACAGAAUGGAAGCGAUCUUAAAGUAAGAGAUUUGUUGUCAGACAAUUUUUUGGAGAUUUUGGGUAUAUUUUGUCAACAGGGUCUGGCAGGUAUCAUACAAUAG